CGAGAAUACAGUGUAGUCCCACUGCAAGGCGAGCCGAGGUGAACACGGCUGAAGCGAAAUUCAACCGACAACCAAACAGCAUGACCAAGCUUGGGGCGUUGCUGCUGCUUGCGGCGCUGGCGACGUUGGCGAUGGCCACCAACUGCGACGAAUGCGCGCGGUCGGGCAACUGCAGCGCCGCCCACGCAAGCGGGCCCGGGCACCACUGCGGCGGCUACGACAAGCUCGGGCACCGCACCGAGUGCUGCUGCGGCGUGCACCAAGAAUGCGUCGACCCCACGCGGGCGCAGCAGUGCCGCUGCACGACCGUUGUCCGUGUACCGCCAGAGGCCUCGGUACUGGACUUUCUCGCGCAUUGUCUCAUCGUUGCAAUCUCGUCAAUCGUGUUGUUGAACGUCGCCCUCUCGUGCAGGCUUAUGAUCCACACGGUGGAUUGCAUUUUCGCACUGGGUCGACGUAUUCGGUCCUGGUGGACGCAGCGGCGCUCGGCUCCUCGUACGACGCCACGCGCGAAGCGUGCCUCGCGCACAGCUCUGGUCCACGAAGACGACGACAAUGCGCCGUAGUACUAGUUACAUGGAAACAAGGGUCCGCAGGACAUAUCCCGUUUUGAAGCCAACACCACUUUGUCAUUCGACGAUGCGAGUGCGCACACGUCGUCGA